AUAUGCACAGAUCUAAACUGGUUUUGAAACCCCAGCACCUUGCCCUUUAGAAUACGCGCGGUCCCUGUCGCACUCUCGUCUCUACGCGAGAAAGGAAGUCAAAUUAAUCAUUGAGUAGCCAGCAGCUUCUCAGUAAUAAUCGAAGGAAAUAGUCGCUUAUCUGUUCUUUCCAGCAACCACAAUAAUGCGUCCGUAAUGGCGUAAUCCUUAAGCAAAUGUUCAUUUUGCCUUCUCCCUUUCAUGUAUUUGAGAAAAUAUGCAAAGAUGGAGCAGACGACGAACCUGGGUGUGAAAGUGUUCAAUUCUGAGCUGACCCAAAGUCUAAACCAGGUUGGAGUCUCUGAAUCCACUUUGGAGUUGUUUCGUGUUUGUGGAUAAUGGGUUUAUAUUCAGAGGAGUAGUCAAUUCGGAUUCUGGAACCUACCAUCCGCCAUUGACAGGCAACUCUGAAAAGAACGUACAUGCCCUUUCUGCUGUCGAACAUACCAAGUUAUACUGCUCUCAGAUGUAGGAUCGGAAUCCAUAAGUUCAAGUGGAUGCCCAUCGAAGUAUUGAAUAGCUCGAUUGCCGUAACUGUAAUGAUUCAGAACGAUUCACCACCCACCAACGCAGAAGAUAUGAAGUAGGAGAAAGAAAUUGCAUAUAGUGUUCAGUGCGCAGAGAUGGAUCGAGGAGACGACUUGAUUGACAUAGAAUGCGAAGGAUUGCCUAUUGAUAGGAGUGAACUGGAGAGGAACUGUUCGGACAUGUCUGAGAAAGACGUUAUGAUCAGGGAGCCACUCCUUAGGAAGAGGAACACCACCUCUCAGAUUGCCAUUGUUGGUGCUAAUGUCUGCCCGAUUGAGAGCCUUGAUUAUGAGAUCAUUGAGAACGAUCUAUUCAAGCAGGAUUGGAGGUCAAGGAAAAAGGUUCAGAUAUUUCAGUACAUUGUUCUCAAGUGGACUUUUGCGCUUCUUAUAGGGUUAAUUACAGGGCUUGUUGGCUUCUUUAACAACCUUGCGGUCGAGAAUAUAGCAGGUUUCAAAUUGCUUCUCACUAGCAAUCUCCUGCUUCAAGAGAAGUACCUUAAUGCAUUUUUAGCAUAUGCUGGUUGCAAUGUUGUUUUGGCAGCUUCUGCUGCUGUCCUUUGUGCAUACGUAGCCCCUGCAGCAGCAGGGUCUGGCAUACCAGAAGUGAAAGCCUAUCUUAAUGGUGUGGAUGCUUAUUCUAUUUUGGCUCCUAGUACUCUCUUUGUAAAGAUUUUUGGUUCCAUUUUGGGAGUCUCUGCUGGAUUUGUUUUAGGUAAGGAGGGACCUAUGGUACACACAGGAGCUUGCAUAGCCUCUUUACUUGGGCAGGGAGGGUCUCGCAAGUAUCACUUAACCUGGAGAGGACUCCGAUACUUCAAAAACGACCGGGACCGGAGGGACUUGAUCACUUGUGGUGCUGCUGCUGGAGUUGCUGCUGCUUUCCGUGCCCCAGUUGGUGGAGUCCUAUUUGCUCUUGAAGAAGCAGCUUCAUGGUGGAGGAGUGCCCUUCUUUGGAGAACAUUUUUCACUACAGCUGUAGUGGCUGUGGUCUUGAGAGGUUUUAUAGAAUAUUGCCAGAGUGGAAAGUGUGGCCUUUUUGGGCAAGGAGGACUGAUCAUGUUUGAUGUUAGUUCAGCCAUUUCCACAUAUAGCACCCAAGAUCUAUUGGUAGUAAUAAUCCUUGGAAUUAUUGGAGGCAUUUUCGGAAGCCUCUACAACUAUCUUGUGGACAAGGUCUUGCGUACUUACAGCAUCAUCAACGAGAAAGGUGCGCUAUUUAAAGUGGCCCUUGUCAUCGCCAUCUCCCUCUUGACAUCAUGCUGUUCAUAUGGCUUUCCAUGGUUUGCAAGGUGCACACCUUGCCCUGUUGGCUUGGAAGAACAGUGCCCAACCAUAGGUCGUUCUGGCAACUUCAAGAACUUCCAGUGCCCUGCAGGCCACUACAAUGACCUCGCAUCGCUCUUCCUCAACACCAAUGAUGAUGCCAUCCGCAACCUUUUUAGCUCUCGCACUAAGAAUGAAUUUUACAUAUCCAGCCUAUUAAUUUUCUUUGCUUCUGUUUACUGCCUUGGCAUUAUCACUUAUGGCAUUGCAGUCCCAUCUGGACUCUUUAUCCCAGUCAUACUUGCUGGGGCCUCAUAUGGACGCCUGGUUGGUCAUCUACUUGAGUCCAUCUCUGACCUCGAUGUCGGUCUUUUUGCUCUUCUUGGAGCUGCAUCCUUCCUUGGUGGAACAAUGAGGAUGACAGUGUCCCUUUGUGUCAUACUGCUUGAGCUCACCAAUGAUAUCCUAAUGCUUCCCUUGGUUAUGCUAGUUCUACUUAUCUCGAAAACUGUAGCAGAUAACUUCAACAAGGGCGUCUAUGACCAAAUAGUGAAAAUGAAAGGUUUUCCUUUCAUGGAAUCCCAUGCAGAACCUUACAUGAGGAAUUUAAUAGCUGGGGAUGUUGUGUCUGGCCCACUAAUCACUUUUGCUGGUGUGGAGAGGGUGGGCAACAUUUUACAUGCUUUGAAAUGGACAGGACAUAAUGGAUUCCCAGUGAUUGAUGAGCCCCCCUUCUCUGACGUACCGGAAUUGGUUGGUCUUGUGCUGAAGUCCCAUUUGCUUGUGUUACUCAAGGGAAAAAAGUUCUCACGAGAGAGGGUGUCUACUGGAGAUGAGAUAUCCCAGAGUUUUGAUGCAUUUGAUUUUGCCAAAGCAGGAUCAGGGAAGGGGGUAAAACUUGAGGACCUGGACAUUACGGAGGAAGAAAUGGAGAUGUAUGUUGAUCUACAUCCUAUUAGUAAUGCAUCUCCUUACACGGUUGUGGAAACAAUGUCUCUAGCCAAAGCUGCACUUCUCUUUAGGGAGCUUGGCCUUAGGCAUUUGUGCGUAGUACCAAAGACCCCAGGGAGACCACCAAUUGCUGGAAUCCUAACACGGCAUGAUUUUAUGCCAGAACAUGUAUUAGGGCUCUACCCUCACUUCAAACCCACAAGAAGGAGAAUUAAGUAACUUGGAGGUUUUAUUGCGACAUUAUUGUGACCAUAAUAACUAUUGCCCUUGUUAUUAUUAGUGAUACGCAUUCUUUUGUUUUUGGAAAGUCCUAAGCUUUUUAAAGUGGAGAAAAAUUUCAGUGAAGUUUGGUCAGUGAGAUUGAAUAUGUUUAGAGAGCAAUUUGUAUGAACUUUCAUUUUGUAACUUAUGUAAAUAGUUUUCCCUACUCCCCUUUUUCUUUUUCUUGUAUUACUUGGGAUGAGGAAUUUUGGGGAUUUUAGAUAUAUAAUCAAUGCUCUCAAGACUCUCGAGUGUCA